AACACUGGUAGCCAGAGCAGUAGCCAUAACUGGCGCCAUAGCUUCCAGUGUCGCUUUGGUCUCACCGUUGCUGCUCCAUUUCCAGGCACCAACCGAGUUCCACUAUCAAGGAGGCCGUCUGGCCUCAAAGUUAUGAUUAGCUGAAUGAGUAAGACAAAAGGACACAAGGGUUCCUAUCUUUUUUUAUCAGUGGCUCAGAGAUUGAGUAAACUGUACUUGGAAAAGCUGCUGCCACUGGAAGAGAUGUAUCAGUUUGGUAGGUUCCACUCGCCUCCACUCACGGACGCAGACUUCGAUAACCGGCCCAUGGUGCUUCUGAUGGGCCAGUACAGCACAGGGAAGACAACCUUCAUCAGUCACCUCAUCGAGCAGACAUUCCCGUGCAUGCGCAUUGGACCCGAGCCCACUACUGAUGCCUUCAUUGUCCUCAUGCAUGGUGAAGUGGAGAACGUGAUGCCAGGAAACGUGGCUGUGGUAGACCGACGCUUCCCCUUCCGCAAUCUCACCAGAUUUGGCAAUGCCUUUCUCAAUCGCUUCAAUUUGGUCCAGAUACCCAAUGAGUUUCUGGACAGUAUCAGCAUCAUUGACACCCCUGGAAUUCUUGCUGGUGAGAAACAACGGCUCAGUAGAGGUUAUGACUUCUCAGCAGUGCUCGAGUGGUUUGCCCAGCGGGUAGAUCUUAUCAUCCUGCUUUUUGAUGCUCAUAAAUUGGACAUAUCCGAUGAACUGUCCCAGGCAAUCAAAUCUAUCAAGAACAAUGAAGAUAAAAUGCGAGUAGUGCUAAACAAAUCUGACCAGGUGGGAACUCAGCAACUGAUGCGGGUCUAUGGGGCCCUCAUGUGGUCCUUGGGCAAGAUCAUUAAUACCCCCGAGGUGAUGAGGGUGUAUAUAGGUUCCUUCUGGUCAGAGCCCUAUGUGAAUGAUGAAAACAGCAAGCUUUUUGAAGCAGAGGCUUUGGAUCUCUAUAAGGACAUUCAGCAGCUGCCCCAUUAUAGUACUGUUAGGAAAAUGAAUGACCUGAUCAAACGAGCCAGGUUGGCCAGGGUCCAUGGCUACAUCAUCGCCACCCUCAAGAAAGAGUUGCCCUUAUUUGGGAAGGAGAACAAAAAAAGGGAAUUGAUCACCAACCUACAAGAGAUCUUCCUUAAAGUUCAACGAGAUUAUCAUAUUUCUUCUGGAGACUUCCCAAAUGUCCAGAAAAUGCAAGAAAUACUAGUUUCCCAAGACUUCACCAAGUUCCAGAAUCUGAAACCCAAGCUCUUUGAUACAUUGGAAGACAUGCUGUCAAAAGAUAUAACUCGUUUGAUGUAUUUGAUGAGAGAAGAAGAGGCUGCUACAGUAGCUGCGAUUGCUGCCACAGAAGCAGCUGCUAGUAUUGUUCAGAGAUCAUGAAUGGGUCCUUUACCGAUGACCACGAUCACCAUCUUACAUCUUAUACCAAGAUAAACUCCAAAUGGAUACAUGAUCUAGAAUAUAAAAGUUCACAUGAUUAAAAAAAUAAAAGAAAUAUGGAACAGUUAUAUGGAUACAAGAACAAUUCAUAACCAAACAAAGGAGAGGAAUCCAAAAGAUAAAAGAAUAAUUUUUGUUAUAUAAUUUUUUUUAAAAAAGGCGUUUUUUCCCACAAAUAAACCCAAUAAAUCUAAGAUUGAAAUGAAAACAAUUAAAAGGGAGUGAGGGAAAUUUCUGCAGCAUGUAUCUUUCAUAAAAACAUGUAAGAAACUGAUUCAUAUGGAUAAAUUGUUUUAAGUAUAUUAAUAAGAAGUUUUCAAGAGAAGAAAUCUCGACUGGCUAUAUGAAAAAUAUGUUCCAAAUUACUAGUAAUUAGAGAAAUUAAAAGUGAAACAAGUCUGAGUUUCUACAUCCAUCAGAUUGGCAAAGAUGACAAAAAAAGUGAAACUGACAUAUUGAUGGACCUAAGAAUGAGUACAAGAAUUCUGGAAAGCAAUUUGGGAUUAUACACACAAAAAAUAAACACCUUUGAUUCAGCUAUAUUAUACCACUGUUAGGUCUAUACCCAAAAGAAAUUAAAGAAAGAAAAAGCUUUCUAUUUGAAAAGCAAAACAACAAUAACAAAAAUACGGCAUCUCUUUCUAUAGAAAAAGGGAAAAAAAAGAACUGGAAAAUAAAGGGGUUUCCAGCAAAUGGGAAGUGGCCAAACUACUUUCUAGAAGAAAAAAAAUUAUAACAUCAAUAUUAUAAAAUAAACAGUUUUGAAUAUUUUUUUAAUAAAUUGAAGAAUGAAAUGAAUAGAACUAGGUGAUUGGAAUUGUAAAGACAAACAACUGAAAGCUGUAAGAACUCUCAUUAAUGACAGACUGAUUCCACAGUACUGAUAAUAAAGCAUACUAUCUAUUUCCUAAGAGGUAACGGAUUCCAAAUUAUUCUUUUUGCUUGGCUAUGUUUAUUUUUUACAAAGGAUUUGCUUUUAUUUGUUUAUUUCUAGUGGGGAAAUGGUAGAAAGGAGAGAAUAUUGAUUUUUGUUAAAAUAAUUAAAAAUAAAAUAUUGAAAUGGUUGUUGACUAAA